AGCCUAAUGUUUCUGAACGACAUGGGGCUGCUAAUGUUCUUAGCAGUAACGGCCUCCCUUUUGGGUUACUGCCAAACAGACGAAAAAGUGUCGUUUUACGGUGCGAGCUACAUUCAUCUUCCGGUUCAAGAAGCCAAGGGUGCGACUGACAUCAGCUUCCGGUUCCGAACUCAUCUCGCGGACGCCAUGCUGCUAUUGGCCGUUGGCAAGACGGAUUACUGCCUGAUCAAACUCGAAGCUGGCAGAUUGAAGGUCCACAUUAAUUUAGGCGCCGGGGAGAGCGAGAUGGCGAGUGCUCGUGGUCUGACGCUGAACGACCUGAGCUGGCACGAGGUGAACCUGACGAGACGCCAGGCGAACAUUACGCUGCAGAUCGACGUUAUACACACGACCAGGUCCCUUCUACCGGGACGUUUCUUCGAGCUGAACAUACACUACGGCGUGUACAUCGGGGGACAGGGUGACUUCAACGAGCUAUUUCUAGGACACACAGACUACCUGAGGGGCUGCAUGGCAGACAUAAUCUACAACAGCGCGAGGGUAAUAGAAUACGCGAAGUCGAGGAAAGGCCAAUCAGAAGCAACUGCAGUUACGUGGGGCUGUUCGCCGGAAUUUGACGCGACUAGGAGCACGGAAGUUAGCUUCGUGGAGGAUGGCGCGUUCACGGCGAUACCAAGGCCCAUUCCUCGUUCUGGCUCCAAAUGGAAGUUCGAGUUGAAGACCGGCGCGGAGACUGGUCUGCUGCUCUACAACACCGGGCAAUCCUCCUACGCCGAUUACCUCGGGAUCGAGUUGUUCGAGGGUAAAAUUCGACUUCUGAUCAACAAAGGGAACGGGGCGACCGAGUUGAUACACGGCACGCCGGUUGCCGAUGGCAAAUGGCAUCGGGUGCUCGUUGAUUUCAAUCCGAGCGGAAUCGGGAUCACCGUCGAUCAUCAGGAAAAAACGAUGACGUUGCCUUCCGGUGGUAACCGUUACUUGGAUCUAGCCGACACUCUCUAUAUAGGCGGUACAGAACUGAAUAAACGAGCCAGAGCUCUCACGAAAGGACUCAAGUCAGGUGACGUGAGCUACAAAGGGUGUCUGAGAAAUAUGCUGAUGGACAACAAGGAGCUCGGGCUUCCAGACGUGAAGAUCAGCCAGGGUAUCGUCGUUGGUUGCGUCUGGGGAUUCCCCUGCAUCGAGGCUGAUCCAUGCGUUUCAGAAGCUGCCUGCUCGCAGCUUGGCGUCAACUCUUUCAGCUGCGACUGCGAUCAGCCGGUGUGCGUUAAGCCGAACUUCUUUCAGGAUUACAAGGUCUAUUCGAAGGUAAAUCUACCCGUGAACUUGGAGAUACUCUCGCUGAGUCCCCUGCUGGUAUCUGAGGGAGAACACGUGCCGGUGACGAGCGAUAACAUUGCCAUGGUGCUAGACAUCGCUAAAUAUGGGGUGGAAGAGGACGGUGUUAUCUUCACCUUGGUAACGCCGCCCACGUACGGAAACCUGGCACUGGAUCUUUUAACGACCAGAACAGAGCAUUCCUUCACUCUUCAAGACGUUAAUCGAGAUAAGAUACAAUAUAUGCACGACGGCAGCGAAACCACAGAGGACAGUAUGAUCCUGGAAGUGACACUGGUGGCAGGAGCUGGUUACACGUUGCCUGGCUACCUCCAAGGAAGACUUAGGUUUCCGCUACACGUCAACGUUACACCCGUUAAUGAUCCACCGUUGUUGGAGAUAUCGACCGCGAAAGUGCUGCGUCUCGCUCAAGGCACGAGGAAAAUCUUGACGAAAGAAUUAAUCUGGGCGAUCGAUGCCGACACGCCGUCAGACAUGUUGGUUUACACGGUCUUACGUACCGACGCGGAUGCCGGCUAUGUGGAAAGGGUGACUGAUCCGUCGCAACCUAUCGACACGUUUACCCAGGCUGAAUUAAUGCAAGGAUUAAUUGCAUACGUGCACCGCGGGAACGCGAAACCAAACGCAAAGUUGGAUCUCCAGGUGAGCGACGGUAUAGAGAACAGUCAGCAGGCGAGUUUAAGAGUAGCAGCCCAUCCGUUGGAGAUGAAAUUGAUGCACAAUACUGGAUUGGUCGUGGUACAUCGCUCCUAUUCGUAUCUGACACCGGCCAACCUCUCUUUCACCACCAAUUCCGAUGAUAGCUCCAUCGAUAUACGUUACGACAUCGUUUCACAACCGCAAUUCGGCACAAUUCAGAAACUGAAGGAUGUCUCGAGCAGCUGGAUGAACAUGGACCAUUUCACCAGUAAAGACGUCGAGAUGCACACUAUCAGAUACCUUCACAACGAGGGCAGUCCGAAUCAAGACGAGUUCAAGUUCCAGGCGAGCGUCAGGGAGGUGAAAACACAGCACACGUACGAUUUUCGUAUCACGUUCAUCGAUCUUGAGCUGAAAGAAACAAAGAGGGUACCUAUUAAUUUCACAAAUGUGGCAGAGGUGGUUGUGAGCGGGCAAAAUUUGAGGUACCAAACGAAUCCCCUGGUGACCGCGUUUAACAAGAUCGUGUUCACUGUGACAACGGGACCAAGGUACGGUAAUCUGUUCCUGUCGAGUCGAAAGAUGGAAAUAGGAGACACGUUCACCCAAGAGGACGUCGACUCUGGUAAAUUGAGAUAUCGGCUAUUCAAGAGGGCCUAUUCGACUAUUCUGGACGAGUUCGGUUUCAAAGUUAGCGCACCCCAAUGCAUCGAUCUACACUCGAUCCUCAAGUUCAGGCACUACCUCAGCAAAAACAUGAAACCUUUAGACAGCGUGGAGACUUUAAGGGUGGACGAAGGCUCGAGAAUUUCGGUGAGAAUUCUCCGAACGAAUCCGAGAGAUUACGGUGUGACGUCGUUGACGUAUAAUCUAACGAUAGAACCUCAUCACGGUUGGUUAACCGUCACGAAUAACUCGAGAUCACCCUCGAGAAAUAACACCUCCUACUUCACGUCUGAGGAACUUUCUUCUCAAAGAGUUUAUUACGUUCACGAUGAUUCAGAGACGAAGGAAGAUUCGUUUCAGUUCGUUGCAAUCGCCAACGACGCUGUAGAUUUCAUGUACGUCGGUCUGUUUCGCGUCGAAGUGACGAUGAAGAACGACAACGCCCCGGAAAGGGUGAUCCACAAGGUGUAUCACGUAGUUUCUCGAGGCGAGCGUCUUUUAACUAGCAAAGAUCUUGCCUACAUUGACAAAGACAUCGACACGAAGCCUAGCGAGUUAAUUUAUACGAGGAGAGACACCCAGAAGAAUGGAAUAUACAGGGUGACGAAUCCAUCGAUGCAAGUACACGAGUUCAGUCAACAGGACAUCGACGACGGACAGAUUCUGUUUAAGCAUCAGGGUGAAGAUCACGGAAAAUUUGAAUUCGGUGUAACAGAUGGCCAUUUCUACACAGCCGGAGUUCUUGAAAUCCAGGCCAGUCCGCCUUACGUCAGGCUGAGAGAGAGCAACGGGUCUGUGGUGCAGUUCAAUCGAUCCGUUGCCCUGCGGCCGAGCGAGCUGGACAUCGAAACGAACGUGUACACCUCUGACAAGGAUAUUAAAUACACGGUGUUGGAAAAACCAAAGCACGGAGUGCUGUUGAAACACGGUAGAGAAACGAAUACGUUCACCGAAGAGAAUCUGCGUUACGGUAUACUAUUGUACAAACAUCUCGGAGGAUCUUUGGCGAAGGACGACUUUAAAUUCAAGGUCUCAACUAAGGGAGCAGAGACCGAGGGUGUCUUUUUUAUUAAAAUCUAUCCCGAGAGCUACUGGCAGCCUUUGAUCGUUCAGAACAAUAAAACGGUAUUCGUAGAAGAGGCUACCAGUAUUUUAUUGAGCAGAAAGAGCCUUGAAAUCAUGCAUCCUAAGAUACCAGCAACUGAGAUAGUCUAUUUCCUGAAAGAGUGGCCGCAGAAUGGAUACUUGGAGCUUCAGAUCCACGACGAGCACAGCGACGAGACACGGGAGGAUUACAUUGGAAAUGCUGUGAAGUCUUUCGAUCAGAGCAUGAUCAACGAAGGUCGCGUUUUCUACGUGCAGUCUGUGAUAAAUCAGACGAACGACAAGUUCGUCGUUGACGUGACCAACGGAAUAACGUUGCUGAGGGACCAGAGUGUGAACUUCGUGAUCGUUCCAGAGAAGCUGUACGUGGAAGCAAAAGGUCUCGUCGUUGUCGAAGGAAAGAGUACUAUCCUAGAAGAGACAAAUUUCACAAUUCUCACUCCUUAUUACUCUGGCAAAGUUACAGACUAUAGAAUUACCGAGAAACCGAAACACGGUGUUAUUAUUGAGUCGACGAAAAAUUCUCAGGUGAAGAAGUUCUCGCAGAAACACCUGACGACAGGAACGAUCCUGUACAAACAUAACGGCGACGAGUUCUCCAAGGAUUCCUUCAAGAUGGUCCUAAUAGCUGGGGAUAAAACCAGCGAACCCUUCAACGUUUGGGUAACGGUGCAACCUGUGAACGACGAAGUACCUGUGUUAGUGAACAGGACCAAGUUGAUCGUUUGGCAAGGUGGUUCGACCACGUUGACACCGGAGAGUUUAGCAGCUGUUGAUAACGAUACAACUGCGCACGAUGUAACGUUCAACGUUACCGGUGUUAAGAAUGGAUUCAUCUCGUUGAAAUCCUCUCCAGAAGUGGACAUCUAUAACUUCACGCAGGAGCAGAUUGAUCAGUCGAAGGUCAUUUUUACGCAUACGAAUGGAUCUGACGCUGAGUUCAAUUUCGUGCUGUACGAUGGAGUUCACACGACAGAAUCUUACAACAUAAUGGUGGCCACCAAGCCAGUUCGAUUGACUACUGAACGUAACGCUGCGUUGAACGUGUUUCCUUUAACCAGAAAAAUGAUAUCGAGCAAAUUACUAUUGACAAAGUGCUUGGAUGAAACGCGAGAAAUAAAGUAUAUCGUACGAAAUGGACCGCAUCUUGGUAAAAUCAUCAUGGAGACGAAUGAGGGUGCGUGGUUGAAUGUCGAGCGAUUCACGCAAAGGGACGUCAACAAUAGUAAAGUGUUCUACGAGCACACGAAGCAGUUCAUGGAUCUGGCCGCCAACGAUUCGUUCACGUUCGACGUGGAAGCACACUUCACGGAAUCCUUGACCAAUCAGGUGUUUCAAAUCGAUAUUUCCGUCUCGAGCGGUGGAUUAGACAGAUACAUCUCUGUGAGGAACGUGAGAGUCGAGGAAGGUGGUUCGGCCCAAGUGAUCAUGAACAUCAGCGGAAUCGUCUCGUUUCUUCAAACUCACGCUGGAAUCGAGAAUCCAGCGGUGCUCUCCAGACUGGUCAGUCAACCUAGCCACGGCCAUGUGAUGAUUCUUCCAGACUUGAACGUGACAACCUUCUCUCAACCUCAAAUCGAAGGUGGAAAAAUCGCUUAUUACCAUGAUCAUUCGGAUACUUUGGAGGAUCGUAUCAAUUUCUCCCUCUAUCUAACUCCUGGCCACAUACUGCUAUGCAACACCAGUAUACCUGUGAUAAUUGAACCGGUGAACGACGAGCCAUUUAAAUUAAUCACCAAUGCACCGUCGAUCACGGUGGUACAGAAUCAGAAUCAAACGAUCACCAGAGAGAACUUGUUGACGAUCGAUCCGGACACACCACCGGAAGAAAUAAUGUACGACGUGAUAUCUGUGCCAACUUACGGCCGUCUGUUGCUUCUGCCGUUCAACGAGAAUAUCUCCGAGGUACGGCAGGUGAAUAAAUUCACGCAGUACGACGUGGACUCGAAUAGACUGGUGUACGAACACAAUGGACCACUUCAGGCGGCCUCCUUUUACUUCCGAGUGUGGGACGGACGUUUCAAUCCAACGUAUAUAGUGUUCAACGUGUACGUUCUACCUAUCAGGCUAAAUGUUACAGUUCCUGGCCCGGUGAGCCUGCAACAAGGCUCGAACGUGGCUCUGAUCUCCGAGAGUAACGUGAAACUAGACACUAACGCGAGACAAGAUCUAGUCAUAUACGAAGUGACGAUUACCCCGAAAUACGGUGUGUUGUACGUGAGAGACGGAGCUGCAGCGAGCUUCAAACAAACAGAUUUACUAUCGAAAAGCGUGAUGUUCAUGCAAACGGACAUGACAGUGUCGAACGACAGCCUGGAAUUAACCGCGAAACUGAGCGGAUUCGAACAGAGGCACAUAAGGAUCGAGAUCAAGGUGGUUCCUCUGAUGAUCAUGAAUCCUAUGAUUGCUCUGGCAGGAGAAAAGACUAGAAUAACGCUGCAAUAUCUGGACGCGACACCGUUGGCAAAACUAACGACAAGCAAUCCUGUGUACACGAUAAUCAGGAAGCCAAAAUUCGGUAAAAUAAAGAGAAUAAUCCGGAGUUCUUCGUCGUCCGGUGAGAAACGUGGAACUCGAGAGAAAGAAGUGAUCAGGUUCUCUCAUCAGGAAGUGAUGUCAGGUGUUAUAUACAUGGUUUGCAGAAAAAUCCCAACGAUGGAAUACGAGGGUGUACCGGAUAGUUUCGCGUUCGUAUUGGCCGCCUCUAUAUUCCAGCCGGCUAUAGGCGAGUUCGAGUUUCGCGUGAAACUCGACAUAGACGAGUACAAUAUCACGUUAGGCGGACCGAUGGACCCUGUUGGCCACGAGGGCGAAAUGGCGAUCGCGCCGAACAUGAGCAACGAUUAUUUGCUGAUCUUGGGAAUGCUCCUUGGUGUAUUUCUGCUCGGUGUAUUGGUGAUUAUAACGAUCAGGUGUAGGCACAACAGGUACAAGCACGCCGAAGAGGAGAAACCGGAGGCAACUCCGGCGGUAGGCGUGAUGCCACUUCCAAGACCUCCGGAUCAUCUGAUGCCAGUCACGCCGCACGUUAAACGUUUCGCCAACGAUCAUAACAGCGUGGCGGCUAGUACACCGUUACCGACGAUGACGUCGACGCUACCUCAAUGCAAAGUGAUACCUCUCAGUCCUCUGGAAAGUAUUACAGGAUCAGAGGUGGACGUUUCAGCGAAAUACCCGUACGGUGUCGCGGACGGGGAUGAAUGGAGCAGCUUCGACACAUCCGAUCUACCUUGUCAAUCAGCCACCACACAGAGGACCAACAAUCCCCUGUUGAGAAGAAAUCAAUAUUGGGUCUAG